CCGCUUCCCUCUAAGGAUGGCCCAGAAGGAGAACGCCUACCCCUGGCCCUACGGCAGGCAGACGGUUUGAAGGGGCACUGAGGCUUUCUUCCCCUCUUGGCUAAAGAAGAAAGAAGGGGCCCUGCACAGGCUUUGCUCCCUGUUGGUGGGGCUUAGAUCUCCCGUAGCAUCCGUCUGUCGCUGUGUCCACCAGUUCCCUCCCUUGUGGAGCACUGAGUGAGGCUAUCAAGAGUGGAGGCUGAAUGAGAAACCAUUGUCACUUCUACCUCGGUCACUCCCAAAAGGAAGUUAUGUAUAUUACUCAGAAGUUGAAUGUGAGAAGUGGUCCAAGGCCAUCACAGUAGCCUUCAGCGUCCCUAAAGCCUGAUGUUGCAAAGGGGCUCAGUCUGGCCUGAACACCCUGCCCCAGAGAGUCCUCCGGAAGGAGCCUGUCACCCCAUCUGCACUUGUCCUCAUGAGCCGCUCCAAUGCCCAGCCCACAGCUGCCCUUGGCCAGAAGGUGGUGGAGAACAGCAGUGGGACGCCCAACUUGUUAAUGUAAGUGCCCAAGCCUUGGGGCGGCAAGAGAAGAGGGAGACAGUGAACAGGCGGUCCUUCACGAUUGAUGACUUUGAGAUUGGGCGUCCUCUGGGCAAAGGCAAGUUUGGAAAUGUGUACUUGGCUCGGGAGAAGAAGAGCCAUUUCAUCGUGGCACUCAAGGUCCUCUUCAAGUCUCAGAUAGAGAAGGAGGGCGUGGAACACCAGCUGCGCAGGGAGAUCGAAAUCCAGGCCCAUCUGCAGCAUCCCAACAUCUUGCGUCUCUACAAUUAUUUCUACGACCGGCGAAGGAUCUACUUGAUUCUGGAGUAUGCCCCCCGGGGGGAGCUCUACAAGGAGCUGCAGAAGAGCCGCACUUUUGACGAGCAGCGAACAGCCACGAUCAUGGAGGAGCUGGCAGAUGCUCUGAUCUACUGCCACGGGAAGAAGGUGAUUCACAGGGACAUAAAGCCAGAGAAUCUGCUCUUGGGGCUCCAGGGAGAGCUGAAGAUUGCGGACUUUGGCUGGUCGGUGCACGCGCCCUCCCUGAGGAGGAAGACUAUGUGUGGCACCCUGGACUACCUGCCCCCAGAGAUGAUUGAGGGGCGCACACACAAUGAAAAGGUGGAUCUGUGGUGCAUUGGAGUCCUCUGCUACGAGCUGCUGGUGGGAAACCCGCCCUUUGAGAGUGCUUCACACAACGAGACGUAUCGGCGCAUCGUCAAGGUGGACCUGAAGUUCCCCGCUUCUGUGCCCGCAGGAGCCCAGGACCUCAUCUCCAAGCUGCUCAAGCACAGCCCCUCAGAACGGCUGCCCCUGGCCCAGGUCUCAGCCCACCCUUGGGUCCGGGCCCACUCCCGGAGGGUGCUGCCUCCCUCUGCCCCUCAGUCUGUCCCCUGAACUGUCCCUGUCAUUUACUCGUUUGUGUCUGUGUUUGUGUGUCUGUAUGUGUAAUUGGAAGCAGGGGUCCGUGGCCUGUUCCCUUAUCUGUCUUCUACCUCCUUUUUAUUUAAUAAAAGCGGAAGCUUUUUAUACUGACGAGUGUAGAUUAGAUGUUUACAGGUGGAGACUGCUGUGGAGGAAGCUGUCCCCUCUGGGGAGGGGGCUGGGGAGUUGCCCAGGCUGGGUGCCAGGAUGGACGUUGCAUUGCUGUCUCUGGAGCACCCCGCCCUCAGCUUGGAUACCCACCCCGUCACUUCCCAGCCUCCGCCUCCCCACUGUCUCGUCUUUCCCCUGCUCUGACUCCCAGGGCCUGGGGGUGCUGGGGACCUCGCUCCACUCUGCUACACCUGAACACCAGCCAUCUCGCCCACCUUCUCAUACUCCUCGCUCUCAACUGUCUGACCUCUGGUCUUUCUCCUGGCUCCGUCCUGUCAACCUAGGAGCCAUUGAACAUUGCUGUACCUAGAAAUUGUCUGUUUUUGCUUGUUUGACUGCUCUGGUCAGGAUCUAGCACAGGAGUGAAUAGAAGCAGUACUGACGGUGUCUCGUUCCUGACUUCAGGUUUCACUGUUAAGUAUGAUGCUUGCUAUAGGUUUACCCCCAUUUUACAGAUAAGGAAACUGAGACACAGAGGGGUUACAUAAUCUGCCAUAAAUCACACAACUAAUAAAUGAGGGAGCCCAAUUUUAAACUCAAAGUCCAUAGUCUUUAAUACCAUUCUAGAAUGGUAUAAUGAUGCCCUUCUACAGCACACACAGUUAUUUUAUAUAUCACAGAAUUGGAACAAGAAUUACAGUUUUUACUGUUUCUGUGUAUAGUCUAAAAAAAAGUCCUUUAUCAGGUUAAAGAAGGCCUGCUCUCUUCCUAGUUUGCUAAGGGUGGUUUUUUGUGUCAUGAAUAUGUGUUGACUUUCAUCAAAUGCUUUUUCUGUAUCUAUUAUUUGCUGUUUUAAUCAAUGUGGUGAAGUACAUCAAUAAAUUUUCUUAUUUUUAUUUUA